AUGGCGAACUUGCUCUAUGGCAAGCAGUUGGCGAAUGCUUUGGGGAAGGAUGGCUCCAGUGACAGGGACUUCCGACGCGUAUGGAAAGUGGCCAUCCAGGCGGUCAUCGCCAUGCUGCGCUUCAAAAGUGGACUCCAGAAGUGGACCCUGCGAAGCGAUCCCCGUUCCAAGAAUGCGGUCGUGGACCACACUUUGAGAGGCUUUUACACCCUGCCACCCACCCCGCUGCGGCGGUUGCAGAAGGAGUUGCCACCGGACACCGUGGAGCUGGUGCUGCAUGGCCUGAAGGGUGAACUCUUGAUGGGGCAGCCUGGUGCUGUUUGGAUCUGUGCAGAUGCUGUUGGAAAUUCGUGA